CUAAUAUUUCAACUAGUUUAGAAAAUUGCAAUCUUCAUCAUCAAUAUCAUAGUCAAAUUCAUAAUAUGACCGAAAUUUGAAAAUUUUUCCAGUUUCCUGAAAGAGAAAUUCCUGUCUUUUUCAUUUUCUGCAAUAAAUCCCCUCAUGAGACAUGUGUCAGCUUUCUAGGACGCUACAACCAAGUUUUCAAAUCUAGUUCUCACCAUUAAUAACCGUUAAAAUGUUAAACGUCGAUCUAAAGUUAACGGACCGUCGCGUCACCACGAAGAUAGUGUUUUGGGACAAGAUGUUGGUGUAGUUUUCGAAAUUUGACAAAUUUGAUGACAUUUUUCAAAAAUGGGAAGUGUAUUGUUGCAGUUAUCGGUUGGAUUUUUGUUUGUGUUGAUGUUUUCUACGAGUUUUGCCAAUCAACUGACUGAGGAUAGUCUGUUGGAUUAUCAGCCCGAAAGGAUGUGUGCCAUCAGGUGUCCCUUACAGAACCAAACGGAGGAGGCAGCGCAUUUUGAUGUGGGCUGCAGCCCCGAAUGUAAAAUUGAACAGUGUGCAAGAGGCUGUGAGUUAUGGAGAAAAGCAUUGGAUGCUAGUUGUCAGAGUGUUUGUAAUGGAACGCAAGAGCUGCUGUUACCUAAGGAGCUGUACUGUAUAAUAGGCUGCAACGAUGCACUAAAUAGAUAUUUCCAAAGACUGAAAGAGGUGAUCGGCACACCCCCACCGCCAGCCUUGGUGGCCGAUUCACUGACUUCCACCUCGCUGAGCCUGGAGUGGGAGUGGCAGGGUGGCGGGAUUAGGGGCGUGGGUGCUACCAACAUCAGCUACCUGGUGCAGUGGCGCUAUGAGCAGCUGGCAGAUACCUGGCAUUACUGUCGCAACCAGACCUGGGGCAACCACCCCACAGUGCAUGUCGACAACCUACAGCCUUACACCAAGUACAGGUUCCGCAUCGCCCUCCUGCUCUCACCGCACGACAGCGAACCGCUAGUGUCCGCACCGUCGGUGGUGAUCUCGACCCUGGCCGGGGGUCCCCCCAGCAGCCAACCGACCAUAGUGAGGGCCACACCAGCCGACCCCUCCCGCGUCUCCCUCUCCUGGGUGGCCGGUCCCUUUCCCAACGGCCCCCUCCUUUCCUAUGUCCUCCACAUCCAACAACUGCCCUCCGGCUACACGGCCGUCAAGGAUAUCCCUGCUUCCGGCAACAAGGACUUCUAUAUGUUUCAAAACCUGCAGCCUGGCAUGAACUAUUCGGUGUCCAUUGCCAUGAGAAACGCGGCCGGUUUGGGUCCUGCUGCCGAAACCAUCGUUACAACGCCGGCGUACUCUAGAGUAAAAGAAGUACAACAACUGAUUCUGAUUCUUGGAGAACAUCACACAGUUAUGAGCCAAGCCGCCGACAUCAUAGAAGAGCCUACCCUUAUGUACAAAACAUCACAUCUUAUCAGAGGGGUAGCCGUGCAUGUACGCAAACAACUGCUAUUCGUAUCCGACUCUUCAGGCAUGGUAUGGGUGACGUCAUCACACGAGUACCGCCAACCCUCCCCCCUGCUCAGCCCCCUCUCGGCCAACAUGGCGCCUCAUCAGCUCAGUGUGGACUGGCUGAACGACUGGCUGUAUGUGGUGGUGCAGGUGGACCACAACGGUGGCCCAGUGUGGCAGGUGGUGAGGUGCGGCCUAGACGGCCAGGGCACCACAGUAGCGGUAGCCGGCCUCCUCACCAAGCCACACCACAUAGAGGUGGAUCCCUACAACGGAUAUCUAUUCUGGGUGAUACGCGGAAGCGGGCUGUACAGACUAGAUCUGGCAGAAAUAAGCAACGGAAUAAAACAUGAAACUACUCCGAACAUGAUUCUACAGGAUCCAAGUCUGGGCGCAUUCACAGUCGACCACACUAACUUCAGGGUACUAGUGCCUCAGCAUCAACAGAACACUGUCUUAGCUGUGUCUCUUGAUGGGCAUGAGGUGACCGACAUGCGGAACAACACGCUGAAACCGCAGUUCAAGAACGUGGUGUCAUUAGCCAUGCACAACGGCCUGUUCUACUGGACCAACGGCAAACUGGUGUUGACCGAGGAGUAUCACACCGGCCAGAACAGCUACUUCCACAACGUCAUCAAUCCGGCCAUCUCCAAUCCCAGCUUCAUCACGGUCAGUGUGAACACGCCUUCUUCGCAGCCCAUACCUGUGCCGGUCAACCCUCCUACCGGACUGCAAGCUGUGCUUGGCACAGAUAUGGCCAGGACUUCGUGGCAGAUACCGCAUCUACUGGGAGGCCAAGGUAAAGGAGCCUGGCAAAACUGGUCAUACAUGCUGAGCGUCCGCAAGGCAGACGAGGUGAUAGUGGGCGAAGAGGUGACGGUGGACUGCCGCGACAUCAACGCCACCUCGCACCUGGUGCAGGGCCUCGAACCAGCCACCACAUACGUCAUGCGGACGGCCGCCUACACGGCAGACGGCGUCGGCCCCUGGAGUGCUGAGUUCCGCGGCCGGACGCUCGCCGAGGGAGCGGAGCCUCGUGUGCUGUGGGGAGCGGCCGAAGGACUUUUGAUGUCCGAUGUGACGGGGGAUGGAGUGAGGACGCUGUUGCACAGGGAGAGCUUGAAGGAUGAAUGGGGCAGCCACCGCAUAAUCGACAUAGCCUGGUACACGGAUCAACUCUACCUGGUUUCCAACACAAGCAACGUUUACACUUAUAACCUGACCAGCCACAAGCAUGCCAGGCUCAGAGACAUGGAGUCGGUUGGCAGCAUUGCGGUGGAUUGGGUUGGCAAGAGGCUCUACUGGUCUAAGCCUAAACAACAAUUGAUAAUCAGAGGGAACAUGAACGGCAGUCAGCAUGAGCCACUGCCCAUUCUGACGGUUGCCAAGGAGCUGAACAUCGAUGCCAUACAAGGCUUCAUCUACUGGUCGACGGGUCACGCCGUCGAAUGCGCCAGGCUCAAUGGAAAACAGAGGAAAACUUACUAUCCGGCUGAACUAUUCUCGGGGAAACAAGUAAUGGGCCUAACUUUGGACGUGGAUCACCAGGGUGUCUACUGGAUAGUUCGUAGCUAUGAAGGAUCGACUCUGUUCCAUGCUCCAACAGCCGAUUGCCUGAAAAUAGGCGAAGAGGUGCAGCCACUCAAAGUGUCCAGCCUACAACAUCCAAAUAUGCAGGGUCCACUUUGCUACCUGGAUCACCGCCUGCUGUGGCUGCGAGACGACCACAACGCAGUGAUAGGCGACAUGCAGGGCCAAUACACAGCAGCGCUAAGUGGUCUCAGUUUGUCGCAGCUCAGUGUUGUCGCUGUCAUGGAUCCCAAGCUGCAUCCAGCUCCCGAGGGAAUCGAUCUUCUGGGAGACGCCAACGUUAUUCCUGAAGCAGUGGCUACAAGUUCUUUCCACGUGGAGGGCCAAUACAACUCGUUCUACAUCACGUGGGCUCCUGUCAAAAACGUCAACUAUGGACAGGUUUUCUAUGAACUGAAGAUCAGUCAUGCCUACAAGAGGGAUAUCAUUGUGGAAACAACAGACUCGCACUGGAAGUCGGGUGACCUUGACGACCUGCCUCCCUUCUCCCCCCUGACCAUAAGCAUCAGGGCGCUGACCUACUGGGGUGCUUCCCCCCAGGUCACCAUACUCCUGCACUCGCCACCCUCCAUACCAUCUCCACCCACAAACCCCCGGGUUUUCGUGUCCUACUCACGCAAUCCGUUGAAGGACGACCAGGAGAUAUCAGCAGUGUUUAGAUGGGACUCGCCGAUAAUCAAGAACGGCAUCAUCAUCAAAUACAUAGUGAGCCAGUGCUAUGCUGAAGAUGAGGAGGACAAGGUGUGUCAUAACCACGAGGUGGACAGUCUCAAGAAAGAGUUGGUCGUACCUGACAUACCACGAGAUACCAAUAUUUAUUUUCAGGUGCAAGCAUGCACAGAAGUGGGAUGCGGCGAGCACACACCAGUCGCAGAGGGCAACUCAGGCGUAGAGAUGCCAAUUCCCCGUCUGCUGGUGUCAACCGCCGACACAGUCGAGAUCACAGACUUCGACAAGCAGGAGAACCGCACCCUGACACGCAGCAGCUCCGUCGUCGACCUCACCUACUCCAGUCUCGACAACCGUGCCUACUGGAUCGACGACAACAACCAUAUUGCCACCUCAAGACUUGAUUCGUCGGGCAAGACUAAGAUCCUAGGACUGAACGGCACAGGAUCCUGUCUGGCAGUGGACUGGGUUGGCAGAUUCCUGUACUGGGCAGAACACGAGGAUGGACUGCCAGGAACACUCGUCAAACGAUUAGACUUGAACAGGAUGCGUUCUUCCCCCACCACUAUAUUUGCACGGCCCAACCCCAUUUUGAAGAUAGAGGUUUCGCCGCUGGAUAGCAUGCUUUACUGGGUCGAGCUGGAACCGAAUCAUCUGGGAAAACUUAUGAAAAGUCCUUCGGAUGGAUCAAACAUACAAGACUUCUUUUCGAGAAACUCGUCUCCAUCAAGAAAAUCGCGAACCCCCUGUACGUGCCCAGAUAGCCCCAACGUGGGGGCGACCAUCACCCUCGACCAGAGCAGUCACCUGCAAUCGGACAGGGAGGGGGAGGGAGAGGGUGAGAGAGAGCCCCAACUGAGACUGAUCUGGGUGGACAGUGCCCACAAUCACAUACUGGAUGCUGAUCUCAGUGGAUGCCACUGUAAUCUACUGGUGAACACUACUGUAGUUGGCAACGCUGGCCUACCACCCACCUCUAUAACAGCCGACCACAAACUGGUCUACUGGUCGAAUGCGACGGAGGGCCGCGUCUACUCGCUGGCCAAGGGGCGUCGGUCUCUUGCCUCCCCCCACCACAUGGUCACCGCCGAUCUCACCAAUGGCGUCACCGCUUUCAAGGCCAACGGUGUUAGGAGCAUCGCCGCAGUAGGACAACAUCUACAACCUUAUCCUGUGGCCAGAUGCUUGACCCCCAAAGAACCCGGGGCAGCUGAGAUGGUGAACAGUACCAGCGACUCCAUCACUCUCGCUCUGCCCGCACCCAACAGAGACAGAGAUUGUGGCAACGUGUCACUCGCCACUGUGCAGUUCACCGUCUUCUACGGGGUGACCACCAGUGCAGACGACACGCCCACUUGUUUGGAGGAUAUCAAGAUGUGUAGUUUUCUGAAAACGUUCGACCGAAUAGUGGAAGUCCAUGGACUACAGCCAUAUACCAACUACUCAUUCUUUGUGGCAUUUGAGAAUCACUACAGUGAACUGCAGGGCAUGCCUCUAGUAUUGGGACCAUCAGCCGUCAUACAAACAACGCCCGGAGCACCCCUGCUACCAAACAACCUACGCGUGACCGUUCUGGACCCCCUGGCAGUGCGUGUGUCCUGGGAGACGCCCCCCCAGCAGCCGCACACACACGCGGUGCGUUACGCCGUGCUGUGGCGGAUGGAGGGAGCCGUGCAGGGGGUGCGGCGCAACGGCGAACAGCCGGUACUCAGGGACCAAGAGGGCGGCGACAGAUUGUAUGCCGUCGACCUACAUAAACUCAAUGCCGACCAGGAGUACUCCAUCUCGGUUCGAGCCUACUCAGAAAGCACGGACAUGUUUUCGGAAACAAGUUCGAUUUCAGUGAAAACCUAUCCGCUGCCAAACAAUAUAACUCUGGUAGAAGCACAGCCGUAUUCUUUGAAUAUCUCUUGGGACCCUAGGAUUCCCAGCACUCCUUAUCUACAAUAUGAAAUGCAGUAUUACAACUCGACCACAGACGGAUGGACAACAGUAGCGGUGUCCCACACAUCGACAGAAGGCAUCAACUACUUCUACAUGGAAAGACUGAGCCCAAAAACCAAGUACAAAUUCCGACUGAAUAUGCUCUACUCACCGACAGCUGAGCCAUUUUAUUGGCAUCCUGACGACCGAUUUACGUUCAGAACUUUGGGUGACCGACCCACCCCUCCCGGUACCCCCACCCUACAGCACCUCCGCGGCGAGGUGUACCAGGUGGCCUGGGAGGCGGCCAGGGAGAACGGAGGCACCAUAGAGCUGUACGCACUGGAGGGAAGGCACAGUCACUCGGCUGGUGACCAAGAGAUGGCACUGGAGGGCAGACACAGUCACUCCGAAGAGGCGACGCGUGACAAACGGGAAGCCAACCACACACCUCCCGGCGAAGAGUGGGUGCUCUAUCAUAAUGGCACUGAAACGUACUGGAUAAUCAAAGAGCUAGACACACGGUUGAAACACCAGUUCCGCGUUCGAGCCAAGAACCGCUACGGGUGGAGCGACUACAGCCAGCCCAGUGCCUGGUGCGACCUGACAGGUGGGGGCGCGGCCACCCUAAAUGCCAAUGCCACCCCUGACUACACUAUGUUCCUGCACUGGUUCCUGCCUCCUGUUAUCGUAAUGGCUGUGGCGCUCAUUAUUAUGCUCCUUAUGUGUGUUUCCAGACACCGCCAGCUGAAGAAGAAGACAAGUCUGCAAGCGAUCACCUCAUCCAACAGCCAGGGCACCGACGUAGAACUGGCAACACUGCGCCAGCUGCCACGCGGCAUAGUGCACAACAGCAACGAGCUGUACAUUGGCAACUGUGUGCCCAGCGACAGAGAACUGGCAAUGCUGCCUCACAUGAGUCGCGACCAGAUCACACUGACCAAGUUCCUUGGCAGCGGAGCAUUCGGAGAGGUCUACGAGGGCCUCGCCAGCAAACUGCCCAACAUGGAUGAGGGUUGUGUCCAGGCUAGGGUCGCUGUCAAGACACUUCGCAAAGGCGCUUCAUACCAAGAAAAAGGGGAAUUCUUGAAAGAAGCCCAGCUGAUGGGCAAUUUUCAGCACAAACACAUCCUGCAACUUUUGGGCAUCUGCUUGGACAACGAUCCCAACUUCAUCAUAAUGGAGUUGAUGGAAGGAGGAGAUCUUCUCAGCUAUUUGAGGGAUCAUAGGCCUAGAGUGAACCUAGAAAACGGCCUAACGAUGGCCGAUUUACUGUCGAUAAGCGUGGACGUUGCUCGAGGUUGUCGAUAUCUGGAGGAGAUGCACUUUGUGCACCGUGACCUGGCCUGUCGCAACUGCCUUGUCUCCAGCAAGGACCCUAAGGAACGAAUCGUCAAGAUCGGCGAUUUCGGGUUAGCGCGAGACAUCUACAAGAACGACUAUUACAGGAAGGAAGGCGAAGGUCUACUGCCUGUCAGGUGGAUGGCCCCCGAAUCGUUGGUAGACGGUGUGUUCACAAGUCAAUCGGACGUAUGGGCUUUCGGGGUUCUCAUUUGGGAGAUAAUAUCACUGGGACAACAGCCCUAUCCAGCCAGAAGCAAUAUUGAAGUCCUACACUAUGUCAGGAAUGGAGGCAGAUUGAAGAGGCCCGUCAACAGUACUGAUGACAUGUAUAAAUUGAUGCUGAAAUGCUGGAGUUUCCACCCGGAGUCGAGACCUACUUUCAAGUAUUGUCUAGAAGUUUUAGAAAAUCUAAAACGUAAUGUUCAACCCACACAACUGGUGUCUCCGCACAAUAGUCACAACUCAACACCUACCAGAGCCUUGAAACCAGAAGCUGGAACCGAUACCGACCGACGUCCCCGCGACACACAAGUAGCUGGAACCGUUACCGGCGUUCCCCGUUACUUGGAACUGUUAUACGACGGUGAGGAUACCGGUUACGAGAUACCCCGCCACCAGGAACUGCCCCCCUCAUACCCCAAAGAGGAAGAAGUAUCUAGUCUGGAACAGUUACUGCCCAAUCAACAACAGAGUACUCAGUCGAACAGCAGUCAUCGUUACUCGAAUAUCAUAAAACCUAUGUCAGUGCCGGGAACGGUUACUGUGGACAGUAAUGAGAACAUUCAGAGUGCGGGUGCUAUUGUGGAUGAGCAGAGGUAGUCUUAGGUUCGAUACUCGAUUUAUUUUAUCGAUAUUUAUUGACAGUUUAUUGUUUUUAUCGAUAUUUUAUAAUCCUACCAGGAGCAGUUACCGUGGACAGUAGUGAGAACUUUCAAAGCGAAGGAGGUGCUGCUGUGAACGAGAAACGAUGAGAGGGUCUUGCGUUCGAUACUCGAUUAAUGUUAUCGAUAUUUGAUAUUCGAAGAAUAUCGAUAUUUGAGUUAUAAUCAAUAAACUUAGGCUUAUACCAGUAAGGCUAAUGUGGAAAGUAAUAUGAACACUAAAAGUGUACGAGGUGUUGCUAUGAAAGAGCACAUGUUUGGGUUCGAUACUCGACUACUUUAGUCGAUAAUCGAUAGUGUCUAUAGUAUCGAUAAUAGAAAUUUGUUGAUUGACUGAAUUUUUUUAUUAUAUAAUUUGGUACGGUUGAUUUAAUAAUAGGAGUGGUGAAAAUGGAAAAUUUUCAGUUGGCAGUCUUGAAACUUGAAUUGCACUCCCCCAAGGGACAGAGGUGAUCUACGAUUUGACAAACAGUAUUGAAUCGAUUAUUUUUUGUCGAUUUCCAUAGAUAAGAACCUAAUGUAACUUUGAAUUUGAAAAUUUAUUGAUUAUUGAUCGUGUUUUAAUUAUUGUGGUAUGCAGUUUCAUACUUGAUAGAUUUAAUCAAUAUUGAUGACACCAUCAAUAUUAUAUUGACAAUAUUCUUUAAUUAUGUGUAUAUAAUUCAAUUAUUGAUUGAUGUAUAAUUUGUACAUAAAAAAUGAAAAAUUAUCAAAACUCGAAUUUUGAUAAAUCUUUUGACUUUCAAUCAAACACGAAACAUUAAUUUUAUUUAUUUAUUAUUUUUUGUUGAUGGUGAUGCUCACAUGAGCUCUACGCUUGUGCGUGGGUAAUGAGGCAGAUGAUAAUGAGAGAUGAGUAGACCUACAGUUUUGAGUUGGUUACGAACCACCGGAAAUUUUUAUUAAUGUUGAACUCUCCAAUAUCUAUGCAAUUUGAAAUUAUAUUAUUAACUCAAUUCUUUGAAAUGUUCAGUCAGUUACUCAAAGGGGGAAUGAUUGUAUCAAAUAAUUGAUGAGGAAAAAAUUAAACUUGAGAAUGAUGGAAGAAUGAAUCUGAAUUAAAUAUAGGAGAUAAUGUGAAAGGCUGUGAAACAGAAAGUUAGCUUUUUUAAGAACAAGAAACUAAUAAUUUGAAAAUAAAUGAGAAUUUAAUUCGAUUGUGAAAAAGUGCCUAACAACUAGAUGUUCCUAGCAUACAUAUUCCCGGUUAUUGUCAAUUUCUAUAUAUUCUUAUCUUGUAUUUGUACAAAUUCAUUCUUAUUUACCAUCAACAACUGUGUGUUAUCUGUAUUAUCAUUGUACAAACUAUAUUAAUUGAACAAAAAUUAAUAUUAAGGUAAAAUAAAAACUUGAAAGUAAGCUCACUAAACAGCAUUUAUAAAAGUAUGAUAGGUAAAUAUUACAUUUAGUUUUAGAAUAUCAAGUAGCGAUGAAUGUUUAUAAAAGGCUCGUGCUAAUAUAAUGUACAUCUCACGAAAAUGACGUUGAUGCUUGAACAAAAUGAUUCUAUUAGUUAUGGUAGUAUCAUGUGAAUAACAUCACAUGAUAUUAUUCUAUUAAGUAAAUUGGUUAAAUGAUUAGUAAUAUGUGGUCUCUGAAUAAUGUUUUCAUCAUUUGAAUAGGAAUUAACAAAGUUUAAAAUCGGACAUCACAAAAUUCAUGGAACUGUAAUUGAGUUAUUAGUAGUUCUUGAUUUUUGAUUGACAAACUUAUGUUCUCCUGACCGAAAACUACGCAACAUCCCAAAGAAAUUAAAAACAUAAUAUAGAGUGCAUGUAGAAAUUUGAGACUCAUGAGCUUUAUAUAUGUUGUGUAUCUGCCAUACGCUAAAUAAAUAUGAUUGAGAGCAUUGACAUAUAUAAUGAUAAAUAUUAUCAGCCAAAUGAAUCUAUUUAAUAUUGGGGGGUUAUCAGAAAUAUUCAUGGAUUAUAUUAGUUUUCUUCUUGUUUUGAGAACUUUGAAGUUUCAUUUUUUAGUUUAAAAAACCAUAAUAUUCGAUCUUUGAAAUCCUAGUUGAAAUUCGUAUAAAAAAGACAAACUCAAACCCAGUAAUUCUUCAGUUUCAAUUUAUUGAAUUGAUUUGAUCCUCUAUUUCUUCAAACUGUCAACUCCCAGCCACAAUUAAAAAGCAGAAAGCCUCAACACAAUAGGCCAAUUGAAGCCAGUACCUAACAGAUGAGUCUCAUUGUAAUCUCAGCUAUCAUAUAAAGGGACCUUCAAAACUAUAAUUGAAAUAUUGAAUCUCAAAAAUCAACCUACAGACUUGAAAUAGUAGCUCUGAUUUAGAAAAGAUUUAUAUCUUGAAGGACUAUAUCUGUACUAUUCUUGAGACGACUACCGUAGUGUAUAAUUUGAAGACUAUUAUAAUAUGAUACUGCCUUUGUUAUAAAUAGGCCUAUAAAUUAAAUUAGGCUUAUUAUCCUUCAUUGAUGAUAAGAUACAUGAAAAUAAGAUUGAAUAAUAUUAUUAUCACUCACCAUUUCAGGAAGAAAAUAAUUCAAAAAUUGUAUUCCGUUUUUGUUAACUUCCGGGAUCUGUGUGUAAAAUAAUAAUAGUCAUGAGUGUUUUUACUAUUUUACAUUAAAUUUUUUAGAAUAACUACCUACAUACGAUAAUUCUUACUUCGAACAAUGUGUAUUAUAUAUAAUAGGAAUGAAAAACUAAGUUCGUUAAUUAUUCAGAUUUUAUGAAAAUGAUUCAAUUUAGGUUGUAUAUAUGAGACUUUAUUAUCAUUCUAUGUAAUUCACUUAUGUAUGAUUGGAAUGAAAAUUAUGUAGAUUGUACUAUUUAUAUUGUAAUUAGUAGAUUUUGUUGACUAUUGUUAGUGUAUGUGCUAUAUAAUGUUAGGCUAGAGGAAAAUAGUGUAAAUAGGUACAUGUUACAAUAGUGCAAGUAUAUUUAGGAUAAAAUAAAAUGAAAAUGAGUUAAUUAGU